AUGGACGCUGCAGUGGCAUGUAACAAUUGUGGCUUGCCGUACACGCUUCAUAAGUUAACUUUCUGUUUUUUGGUGGUUUUAUUGCUGUUUACAGAGGGUGAGGUUGUGGGGAGGCUGCCCCAUGUGCUCUUCUGUGGCCACAUCUUCUGUGCGGAGUGUCUCUGCUCUCUGGAGUGUCCUCAGGACUCCAACUCUGUCCCCUCAGUCAGCUGUCCCGAGUGUAUGAUGAGAACUGAAAUCGGUGAGGAAGGGGUUAAUGGAUUGCAAGUGGACAGCAGGAUAAUUGGCCUUAUCUACACAGCCAAGAUGAACUCCAAGAAGAGAAAAAAUGCAAGGGUUCUCCAUGGGGGAGUCAGUCAGACAGGUUGCAGAUUGAGGAGUCCAGCAGCAAAGUCGUCUACCCUCAAGAAUCUUGCCGAAGAGGUACGUGUGAGAUGGUUUCAUAGGCCAAGUUAUCAGUCACACGUUCUCGGCCAGUUUACAGUCAGAAUUAGAUUUGUUUGUGGUGGAGGCAUCAACAGUGAUGGUGUUGUCUUUAAGGUGUACUUGUUUACAGGGGUUUAUGAUCCAGGUGUGGUGAAGAUUCUAAAUGAAGCCCUCUGUAAAGCAUCAGAAAACCUGAAUACCCUGGAUAGUCUACACAAGACUCUGGUUACAGGCAUUCAGUCUCAGCUGAAGAAAGAGAGGAAUCGAAUCAUAAAGGAAAUUGAUGACUCCAUUGAAAAGGCAAUGAUCAUACUACAAAGAAGACGUAGUGCACUGGUGUCUGAACUGAGCUGUCUAGAGAAGCUCUUCUCAGCUGGGAGGGAGGAGUGUCAGAAAAUGCAGGCGAGACGGCGAGAGCUGCGCACAGCCAUCCAGAAAGCACGAUAUGUUUGCCGGGUCCCGUUGCUGGAGACUUACUGCCAUCUGGACGAGAUUCUGGAGACUCUGCAGAGUCCUGUGGACACUGAAUCGUAUGAUAUGAGCUGCCUCACUCUGCGUUCAGGUCUUGGGUGCAUUCUCAAUGUGGAUCAUGUGAAAGACUGCCUGGAGAUCACAGAUGUUAUGGUUGUUUGUCACGUCAGUGUGUGUGAGGAGGUGACCAUCCCAGCUGCUACAGUGCAUCUCAAGCGGCCAGCGAGGAGUGGAGGUUCAGGGGAAAGGAGAGGAGGCAGAGACAGCCAUCGAGUACCCAUCUCUUCUCACUCAGCAUCCCCAAAACAAAUCUGUACUCCAAGCCCUAAUGUUGUUAUAGAGGAAAUCAUUGAGGAAACAAUUGCUCAUGAGGAGAGAGUUGUAAUGCGCCAGGAGCCCAAGCAUACAGUGAGACAAAGGGUACAGAGGAAGAAUCACAAGGCAUUGCUGGACAGGAUUGCUGUCUCUCAAAGUGGUGCAUUGCAGGAGUGGGUUGCAGUGACCCACAUAAUCAACCCAACACAUUUCUAUGUGCGCUAUGUGAUGGAGCGAAAGGCAGGAGGCUUGCUGACCAAAGAGAUUAACAGCAUCUGCUCUGGAAAACACAGCCUCUUCACUGUAAAUGACCAAAUCAAGACUGGGACACUGGUGUUUGUAAAAUGGAAGGACAUCUGGUAUAGAGCAGUGGUGUCUGAGCUGAUUCAGAAAGGCUGUCUGGAGUGUGUGACUCAGUGCUCUGCAAAUGAUGUUGCACGCCUGGAAGUGUUCUUCCUUGAUUACGGCUUCUCUAAGGAACUCGCCAUCUCAGGUGAUGAUCUCGUUGGGUUGAAUGAAUGUGUGCGGAGAGCUGAUUCUUCUGCCCAGACAGACCUGCAUCGGUGGCCACCUCAGGCCGUUAGGUGUUCCCUUAAAGACAUCGUUCCCUCUAACCUGGUAAACGGUUGGAGCAGGGAAUCAUCUGAAGAGAUGAAGCGUGUGAUUGGAUCAAGUGUGUUGGAGAUGCAGGUGCUCGGUGAAGAGCGAGACACUCUUCUGGUGGAUCUGAAGAAAGUCUCGAUGAACACUUCACUUUCCCUGAGAGAACACCUUGUGUUCAUGGAGCUUGCCAGGUUCUAUUCCCCCCAGGUGAGCCCUGCAGGCAGUAAGACACUGCUGUUUUACCCACCUGUGUAUCCCAAAUUGAACACGGAGCUGAAUGCUGUUGUCUCCCACGUAAACACGCCAUCAGACUUCUACAUACAGCUAGUGGACAAUAUGGAGUUCCUGCUACUAAACACAAAACUGCAGAACUGUUAUGGUUUUCCUGGAGCUGAAAGUGAUCUUCAGAUCUACUCACCUGUUCUGUCCCAGGCCUGUGUUGCCCUCUAUGACAACAAGGACUGGUGCAGGGCUCAAGUCACAGGUUUCCCCGGUGGACGGAUGGUGGAAGUCCAGUAUGUAGAUUUUGGCAACAGGGAAACUCUGUCUGUUAAAGACCUCAGACAGAUAAAGGAUGAGUUUUUUUCACUGCCAGCCAUGGCGCUGUGGUGUUCUCUGGAUAGUGUUUUGAGUGUUGGAGAAACUUGGAGUGAGGAGAGCAUCGACGUGUUCCGUAAACUGACAGAACAGAAAUUGGUCACUGUAGUUGCGAAAGAACUUGUGCCUGUUUCCAAGGCUAUGCCUGUAUGUCUGUUUGAAGUCAGCGAGCAUCCCACUGAGUGUCUGUCCAGCAUCGGAGAAAUCUUAGUCACAAAAGGGCUGGCCUCUCUAAGCAAACAAGUCUCACCUAAGAAACCUCUCCCACCUGAGAAUACAGUUUGGGAUCCCCCAUUGAUGGAAGAGGGCCCAUCUCCGAGUGAGCCAACGCUUCCUGCCGUUGACCCUUCACCACUUCUGUCCACAGUGACCCUGCCAACUUGCCUGAAAGAUUUGAAAGUGAGGGUUACCCAUGUGACCUCCCCUGGAAAUAUCUAUGUGCAGCUGCUACAGUAUGACACUCAGCUAAAGAGGAUCCAUGACUUGCUGAAAAAAGAGUAUUCCAAGUCUGAACCACAAGAGGUUGUCUGGAAAGCAGAGAUGUCUUGCGCUGCUAAUGUUAAUGGUAUUUGGGAGAGAGGAAAGGUGUGCAGUGUGUCUUCCAGCAAUGUUGCAGAGGUGCUGCGCUGUGACUUUGGUAAUAACGUAAAGAUCAACUUGAGUAACCUGAGACCUCUUCUGCCAGAGUUGGAUGGCUCCUUUCUGCUGGAGUGUUGCCUCAGUGACAUUAGGCCAGCUGGUGGUUGCUCCAGCUGGACGGCUACAGCGUGUGACUUUAUUUCCUACUACCUCACCGGUGCCAUGGCUAUAAUGACCAUUAAGGAACCUUCCUCUGUUAGACCAGUGCCCAUCUCUUUGUUCUGCUCCAACAGAGCAGGCCGGCACGUCAGCAUAUCAGAUUUCCUCAUCACUGAGGGUCUCGCUCUGAGAGAGAGGAGUGUCAAACCUGCACCCGAGUCAGGAUCUGACUUGUCUGAUGACUUGGGUCGUGCAUUAGGUGAGACUUUGAACCUGGAAGAGACUGCGUGUGAAGAGAGCUGCCAGAGUACUAAAUUGUCAGCUCCCUCUCUUACACCUCCCAAACCUGCCCCACGCAUCACUCCUCCUCCAGAAAGAGUGAGGACCCAGGCAUACCUACCCCCUGAGUUGCCUCCCUGCGGGGACACACUCGUGAGCGUCCCUGCUGUCUCUGACGACGGAAUCAUCCACAUUAUGACACUGCAGGCCGUGUGUGAAUUUGAGCGCUUGCAGCAGCAGCUGCAGCAGCACAUUAAGACUUUGCCCAGGCAGAAGCACUAUAACUGGAAGAAUGUAUUGGGAUGUGCCGUCAUGGGCUCUGACAUGCUGUGGUACCGUGGACAAGUCCAGGAGGUGAUUGGAGGCUAUGUGAAGGUGCGAUAUGUGGAUCAGGGGAUUGUGGAGAAUAUUCCAGUGUGCCAUGUGUAUCCAAUGGUGCUCUGUGAGAAUGUUCCUCAGCUUUGUGUGCCUUGCCAGAUAAAUGGGGUACUUCCGGUGGGGGGGACAUGGCAGUGGGACGCAGUGGCUCUUAUGAAGGAGUUGCUGAUUGGCCGUACGGUCAACGUUCAUGUUAUCGAGCUGCCAGAGGAUCCGCGAGGCUUGGUUACCAUGGAGAUAAUACUGGAUGGGAUGCCACUAAGCAAAAUCAUGAUGCACCACCAGCACGUCACGUUCAGCCCGUCUAUCGGCAGCCCCGAGGAUUAUGUGGUGAAACCUCCACUGCCUGAUUUGGAUGACUGGGACUUGAACUCUGAGGGCUUGGAGGAACCCCAGACCAUCUUGGGAGUGUACACGGACUUCAAACUUCCAGACAAAGGGAAGUCCUGCUGGGUCAGAAUUAAGCAUGUUUGCACCCCUAACGAGGUUUUUUUGAGUGUGUUGGAUACACCAGUUUGUGAACACAAACAGGAGUCUUUAGACGAAGCCCUGAGCCGAGUGAACAGUGACAUCGAUUCUUUGCCCAUGCUGACAGACUUCCCUAUUGAGGGUCCUUGUCUAGCUGAGUACAGUGAUGGUAAAUAUUACCGUGCUAAGCUUUUAGGCUUUUCUAAGCUCAACCCCAGCAUCCAGCUUCUUGUGAGACACGUAGACUUUGGCUCAGAUGACAUUUUGCCACUAUGCAAAUUACGUUGUCUUCCCGAGACACUGCUCCAUUUCCCGUGUGAGGCGGCCUGUGUUCGUCUGGCAGGGUUCAAGCCCCCGCAUCUGUGUCAAGAGCCAGAACGCAUUCCCUACAGGCCGGAGUGGAGCAUGAAGGCCAUGCUGGAGAUGAUCGACCUGCUGCAUGGAAAACUGCGCUGUGUGGUGACGGCUGUAGAGCCACAGCCAACUGUGCUGCUGUACAACGCCGAUGGAACUUUGGUCCAUACUCCUCUAGUGGAGAAAGGCCUAGCUGAUGAGUGAUGAAACGGAAUAAAGAGAGUGAGUGCACAGUUGGUGACAACAGUAAAUUGGAGUAAUGUUUCAAGAAUUUCAAUAUUUAAGUGUUGAUCAUUUGUCUGUUUUAUCUGCUGCACAGGUUGUACUGCUGAACAUCCACCUCCAGUUUUAUGUUCUUCCCUUUUUUUUUUUUUUUUUUUUUUUUUUUUUUUUUAAAACUGUUGAGUUUAUUUUGCUGUUGAUAUUUUAAGUUCAUACAGAGAAGCAAUGAAAAGCUUGUUUUUUUUUUUUCUUUUUUUUUUUUUUUUUAUAAAGUUUAAACAGUUUAGUUUAAUAUGGCCAGAUAAAGGAAACAUGCCUACAACUUAAUGGAUACACUGUACAGCUCUAUUUAAGUAGGUUGAGUUUGUUUAUCAUACUAAAUUCUUAGUAUGGAAAUAUCUACAAGAUUAAAUUUUAUUCAUAUUUACAUGUCAAUUAUUUACAUUUUCAACGCGUGUAGAUUAAUCUUGUUUGCAUCUGGAGAUAAGGGCGAGUGCUUAGAUUUGAAUAUUCACGGUACAGGGCUAAUUUGAAUUUAUUUGCAAUUAAUCAAUUGCAAGGACAUUAAAAUGAAAAUAAGUCCAAUAAGUUUAGUCAAUGUCAUUAACAAAGCAUUAACAAAUAAGUAUAUGUAAAACCCAUACCCUAUCCCUAAUAAUUUUGUUCAGUCUUCUUACCUUUUGUUUGAGGCAGUGGUCUCAAUUUACGUUAUUAAAGUACACCUUACUUAAAGAACCGCUAUAAUUGAGUCUUCGUCUUGUUGUGAACUCUACCUACUUAAUAUGAGCUUGGCCAACAUAUCCAGUAAAUCAUAGGCACUUUUUUCUUAAAAGGAGGCCCCAGUUUUAAGCAGAGAGGACAAAAAUAAGAAAGUGACCUCUGAAAGGACUGUUCGGUUAUAUUUUCUGACUUAAUGUUUUAUUUUAGACCUCAAUUGCGGUAUUGUUCUGUUUUGUUCAGCAAGUUAUGUUACUUUAUUGCAAUAUGGCUUUAUGCUUGUUACAGAACAAAUAAAUUCCUUGUGUUAA